AUAAUUUUGAAUGGAAAAGGGAGACAAAAGAGGACCACAGUUCGAAAAUGAUAUCUUUGAUAUAGCUGUUAAGUCUAUGGAAGAGAACAAAGGGGAUACACCUUCAGAGAGAAUAGCAAUAGUUAUUGGAGAGAAGGGAAGUGGAAAAUCAUCCCUCAUUGCUGCAAUGGUUGGAGAAGACCCUAAAGCAGAAAGAAAGCCAACAGCAGGCAUGGAUUAUAAAUUCUCUACUAAAAAGAUUGAAUCUAAAAGGGUUGUAGGACACUACCAUGAAAUUGGAGGAGGAAGAUUACUUUCAGAUCUAUUGAAGACAGCACUUUAUCCCAAGAAGAUUCAAGAUAUUGUUUUAAUUAUUACAAUCGAUAUGUCCCAACCUGAUACUGCACUUCACCAUCUAAAUUACUGGUUAAGAAAAGCAUCUGAGGAUGUAAAUACAGUUUUAGAAGAAAUUGAUGCUACUGAUCCUAGCCUUUCUAGCGAAGUUAGAAGCAGAAGCGCUUUUCAAUGGGAAGGCCAUUCAGAUGCUAAAAGAGUUUCGCCAAUCGGAAUUCCAACCAUUAUUGUAGGCACAAAGUACGAUGUAUUUGGUAUUCAAGAAUCUGAAAAUAAGAAAUGGCUUUGUAGAGGAAUGAGAUUCAAUGCUCACGUUAAUGGGUGAGAUCUUACAUUCUGAAGUUACAGAGACAAAGAUUUUGAUCCUCUAAAGGCCUUGAUUAGCAGACAAGUUUAUGGAUCUACAAAAGUUCCGAAAAUGCAAGCAGAUCAUGGAAAAAUACUCUCUAUUGUAUCUGGACAAGAUAAACUAACUGCCAUCGGAGAUCCUCCAAUUCCCGGAGAGAUGUCAAUGGAUCAAGCAUGGAUAAUGAGUGUGGAAUCAUAUUUUCCUCUGAAAAACCCAAUCACAGAAGAAGAGCAAGAUAACGAUCUUGGAGAUAUGUCCAAAUACAAUGAGCCAAAAGUGGAUGCUAUGAAGGCUCAAAAAGAUGAGGAAAUAACUAGAAAUAAACCUUCUAUUCAGCUCAAAGGAAAGAAGCCUCGUAAGGUAGUCAAAAGAGUUGAAGUUGAAUAG